GGAUGCUAAUACUAGUCAGCGAAAAUUUGACAAAAGGAAUUAUCAAACACUGUUUUUUAAACUUUAUUUUUCUAUUUUGUGUUUGUAAGAAAUUAGAAAUGGCUGAAAAAUUUGACAACCUCGAGGAGCAUCUGGAGAAAUUCAUCGAGAACAUUCGACAACUGGGAAUCAUUGUUAGCGACUUCCAGCCGAGCAGUCAGGCAGUCCUCAACCAGAAACUAAAUUUCAUGAUUUCUGGUCUACAAGACGUGGAAAAGUGCCGUCAACAGCUUCAUGAGAUCAACGUCCCCCUGGAGGUCUUCGAGUACAUUGACCAAGGUCGAAAUCCUCAGCUGUACACCAAGGAGUGUCUGGAGAGAGCCUUGGCAAGGAACGAGCAGGUCAAAGGCAAGAUAGACACUAUGACGAAAUUCAAGAGCCUUUUAAUUUCCGAACUCAGUAAAGUUUUCCCAGAGGAAAUGGCCAAGUACAGAGCCAUACGUGGAGAAGAUUCACCCUCCUAGAGACUGCAGCUCAUCCCCAGGCAGAGCUCCACCCUGUGACCCACACCCCUCCCCGGAAGGAAAGCUUAAAAGAAGUUUAAACGAAGCAGGAUGCUCUGUGGGCAACAACAGCAUGACAUUUAUUAUGUUCCCUAAACGGUUUCUGCUGCUGUUGCUGAUCAGCAUCUUGACUGAGAAGUUUCAGCUCUCAGCCUCAGUCAGCCUUUUUGUAAAUUUCAACUCAUUUUAACGCAGAAGUGAACCAUCUGAUUUUCUACACCAGGAUGUUGCGUUGUGUGUUGUUUCAACUGUUGAUGCAGAGACAGUAAAUCAACAGUGUUUUUAUUUAAAGCUUUAAGCUGUACAGUCAAAAAGCUGCAGGCCUGUCUGAGUCUGUAAAAAGGAACUGAUUGCAUCGAGUGCAGGUACUGAAUAUUUACUUUCAUAUUCACCUUUUUUCUAAUGCUUUAUUGUUGUGUACAGUUUCUAACAUUUUGUGUCGAGCUCAGGUUUCUAAGGAUAGAGUCUCACUGGGCUGCAACUGUUUGAAGACUAGUUGGUGACUGAAUUGUUUUUGUUGCAGAUUCACUAAAUUCUUACUGUUUGCAACAAGGGAGCUGUUUGGCCAUGUUUAGGAGGGUCAGAUUUCCAGAAAUCAUUGUGUAUGCUUAUGGGCACAGCUUGCAAAACUGCAUGCACAUCAUUUUGUUGCCAACAGUAGAUAUAAAAAGUCUAAAAAUAAACUAAAAUAAGGUUGUUCAAAAGUGUGCUAAUAUAAAAUAAUGCUUUGUUGAUUAUUUUUGGAGCAUGUUUAGGCAACAGUGCUGCAAGUCUUUCUGACUGACACGAGGAAAUUGACCAUAAGACACUUCUGAGACUCCCUCGUUCAAUAACAAGUCAUCAACAGUUCAACCCAGUGAGGAACUAGCAAAACGAUCGUGAUGAUAAAAAUGCAAAAGUGUUAUAAUUUUGUGCCUCAUCGUUUGACAUGUUUAAAAAAAGUCCAGUCUUUGUACAUUUGUACAGUAAUGUUUGUGAAUAAAUGAAGCUUUUGGAUUUA